CAAUGACAAUGUGAGCACAUCAUCCGCUGUGUUAUAAUAUACUUGAAUUGUUACUCUUAAGUCGAGGAGGUCACGCAGGGUCAGAGAGUAGCGCCAAUUGUCAAUCGCAACCUUAUACGGACAUGGUUCUUAUGCUGGGAUGCCUCAUUUUUUGACACCACAGUAUCUCCUUGGAACAUUGCACUAUAAUCGGUCCAUCCUCUCCUUUACACUUUUAUAUAUAUUAUUUCAUAUACAUAUCAUUUUUACUUUCAUAUCGUUUAUCGUUUUGUAUACAACAUGAUGACGACUCACGCACCGUUACAUCAACCCAAAGCUGGCUGGCUCUCAAAGAUACGACACUACUCAUUUGGAAACUUAGGCUGGUCCUGUCGGUUUUUCGUAUUGCUUGGUAGUGAAUUACGGUACUAUAAGAAUGAAUACGCUGAUACACCUUCCCGUGUGAUCAAUUUACGAUCCAUCAAAAGUGUGAGCUAUUGUCCAACGUCGAACAAUCCAUAUGCAUUCCGGCUAGAGCCAAUGGAUCCCACGCCAGCGUCUCCUAUGACCCGGUCAGCUAACAAAAUGUUAGUCUUGCGUGCAGAUUCAGAGUACGAUAUGCAAUCUUGGGUGGAAGCCAUUCGAUCCCGACUGCCUCAUCUACAAGGAGAAGGAGAACAGACAUACUAUUUGAACGCUAUGAAAUGCUGCUUUGAAUUGGUCACUCCACCAUUAUCUCCUACUACUGGUCCUCCCAAGCGUCCCCAUCUCGGUGUAAAGAUAUCCUCGGCCUCGGUUGUGAGCAUCACAUCCGAGUCUAGCAUGGCGUCUGACAUCUCGUCGAUUCAUGAAUCUGACGUAAAAACGCCGCUAUGUGCUCGCAGAGGUAUAUUCCUCGCUCCCAUCCAUGUCCACCGUCCAAAUACUGUGAAUACCGAUUGGGUUCCCAUUGAAGAAGAUAUCCGAUCGGCUGAAGACAACUGUGACUCCCCUACAUUUGCACUCUAUAAGGAGCGCUUCGGCCUAUGAAUUAGCAUAUUACAUAUAUAUAUCCCAAUCCCUUCCUUCGCAAACCCAAUCUUAUGUACUAUCCCUCUAUGUUUACAUCAUCUUCUAAGCUGUUUCUUUUGCUUUAUCAUGUCCGUGUGUGCUUCACAUUCUAUAUCAUCCUAUCAGCAUCCUUCCAUCAUCCCUAUGUUUUCAUCAUCUUCCCCUGUACAAACACAUUUGCUCGUCCGUUUGAAAUGGAUGGUAACCCAUGUUGUCGGUUAGAAACAG